UGUAUACGCGCCGAGGCGGAGAGCGAAGAUGGCGGAGGGCGUCGAAGCAGAGCACGAAUGGAGCGAUUGGGCCCUGGACACGGCCGAAAACAGCAUUAUGGCGGUGGAGACCCUGCUGGCUACACUGAGAGCCUUCGAAGACGUGCUCAGACAGCAAGAAAUAUCCAUAACGUCUUCCACGGAGUAUUGUGACAACUUCUGCCAGGCACUGAUGCACUAUGCUGGGAGCAGGAACUCCAUGGAGCAUGGCCUCCCWCUUCUAGAGGUCUACUGCCUCUCCAUAAACUGCUUCGCAGCAGCAAGAUCCCAUCUGACUGCAGAGUCCGACAGAGUGGCCCUUGUUUUGAAGAGACUCGCUUUAAGCUGCUUUGAACUGUUGCUGUCCGUGCCUGAGAAUGAAAUCCCAUUGGAAGCCUGGCUCCAGUUCCACCACUCUGUUCAGAUUACACAUGAUACGCUGUUACAAUAUGGAAGCACCGACCUGCAAGCUCUGCUCCAAAUCACAGGAGAAGGUGGGGCAUGGAGCAACCCGGUCCUAACUGCACUCCUCACCGGCCAGCCCACCAGCCCAGAGGAAGUUAAUGCGUACAUAAACUUGGAGGGUGAGGGCUUCAUGGAGAUGCGGGUGAAACAUCUGGAGAAAAUGGGCGAAGUGGCCAAAGCUGUGGUUUUGGCCAAAGCUUGCACUGAAUGCAGCUUCAUUCCCAACCAAGCUACGUUUCGUCAGACGUAUGUCUCCCUGCUUUGCCACCUGCUGCCCAAUGAAGAAGCCAUUAUGGAGAUAUCCAGACUGGACUGUAAGGAUGUCCUGGAGAUCACUUGUAAUUUGGAGAUGGAGGGUGAGGAGAAUACAGCCUUCAUCCUGUGCACGACUUAUCUAACACAGCAGCUGCAGCAGCAGAGUCUUUACAGCUCCUGGGAAUUGAUAUUGUUGUGGAGUAGGCUUCAAAAGAAACUGGACCCGUCAUUGGUGUCUCUUCUGGAGCGAUGCCUUCAGCUUGGUGCCAUUGCCAAAACUGUCKAACAUUUACUUUACCUGGUCCGUGUGAUUCAGACAGAGGCAGAGACCCAGGGGGUACCUACCUCAGUCGAACUUUGUGUCAAAGCUCUACAACUUCCAAAGCAAGAAGACUCAGAAACGAGAACGUCCGUAUGCAAAACYGUGUCCUGCCUUCUUCCAAAUGAUCUCGAAGUGCUGCGUGCCUGUCAGCUCACAGAAUUCCUCUUAGGCCCCAGCCAGGAAGCCUUCACCUGUCUCGAGGAGCUCUACCUGCGCCCAGACCAAAAGUAUGACCAGGAAAACGAGGUCAUUCCCAACUCACUACGCUGUGAGUUGUUACUGGCACUAAAAGCCUACUGGCCUUUUGACCCCGAAUUCUGGGACUGGAAAACUCUAAAGUAUCACUGCUCAUCCCUUCUGGGCUUGAGACCAGAGUCAGAGGAAGAAGAGGAAGAAGUGAUAGACAAACAAGAGAAGGCCAAACAUGAGCUACAGGGAGUUACAGUUAAAGAAGAAUCUGAGUACCAGAACAGGAUAAAUGGAGGACUUGACAAUUCUGAUUAUCARGAUAACAAACCAUUCCCUAACCACACACAAUUCAACGAAGAAAAUGGGACAAAAAGACCAAAGUUCUGGUGUCAAAUUUGCAAACAUUCAAUCACAGAUGUACAAAUCAUUCACCACUCCAAAAAACACAUCAAGGAGAACAAUCACACCUGCCCUGUUUGCCUGGAAAAGUUUAAUAGCAGAAAAGACCUCGUUCCUCACAUGAGAAAGCACAUUCGGAAUGAAAUUCGUCUCUCUCAGAACGUGAGACAAAACAAUGUAGCAAAACAGACAGACGAGGAUGAUGACAUUGAACCUGGCGAGAUUCCAGUCGACCCGUCCUUGAUGCUGUACUACAAGUGCACACACGAUCCRGAGGUGUUGAAUCACAUUGUGCAGCAAACCAAAACCUUGAACGAGAAACASYCCGACGAUGACGAGUAUGUGACCUUCGAGUACAUCGACAGAAACUUCAAACUGCAGAACCGAGAGGAGUAUCCCUGCCCGGGAACCAACUGUACACGGACCUUUAAACAUUCCAAGUACCUGUACGUCCACUUGAGAUCAGAGCACAUUGGUGAUGACAAUGUGAAACAUUUUCAUCAAAUGAGAGACAAGCGGGAAAAGUGUGUGUUCUGCAGGCGUCAUUUCAUAUCGGCUUACCAUUACCGCAAACACCGAAAAGUUCACUACGGUGACUGGCCCUACAUAUGUGUGGUUAUAGGUUGUGGUGCAAAGUUCAAAACAUCCAAUGAACUUGUCACUCACAAGCAGACCCACGGCUACCAUCUGAACUACCAGUGUGAGCUCAACGGCUGCUACGUCACCUACUCUGACUUYGGACAAAUAUAUCACCACGAAGCGCAGCAUUUCAGAGAUGCAGCAUUUACCUGCUGCAGCAGUGAAUGUAAAAAAUUCUACUUAUCCAAAAAGGACUUUAUAAGGCAUUUAUCUACACACAAGAUAACUUUUACAGAAGAUGAUUUUGAGGCUCAGAGGAAGGCAAAGCGGAAACUUUUUAAGCCUGUUCGUGACGUGACCGUUCACCCCGACAAGACGGUUGAUUCAAGAGGCACUGUAAAUGGAGAAGUCCUGAAUUCUCAGUCAGAYGGUUGUACCACCUCUUCACAAGAAUCAGACAUCACAGAGCCCAAGGCAACGGUUACACUGGUGGCGAUGUGCUUUGAUGGAAGUAAAUUCACAUGUGGCUUUGACAAGUGUGGCAUGACUUUUUCCAGAGCUAGAGAUGUCCAGAGACACCUGAAGUGUGCUCACCCAGAUCAUCUCAAAUUGGAGGACAAGGAAUACAAACAAGACAAGGAGCAGGACGACGUGUCAAAGAGUGUAAAGACUGAAACUGAGCCAGAGCCUGAGGAGAAGGAAAAACAUAACAACUCAGCUUCAWCUCUACCUGUGGAGCCUGGCAAAGACAAAAAGUUGACUGCUAAUUCAAAAAGCAAAGAAGCAAACCUUUUAGGCCUUAACACAAAAUGUGACGCCCUAAAAGAGCUCGUUAUCGGGCUGAGUAAGCUCAGCUUGAACACCCCAUCUCCUAACAGUUUGCCAGUUCAGCCCCCACAGCCCACACAUGAUUUGAUGACCUCACAGCUGUCGCUUCARCAAGCCAUCAUGGCAAAGCCUCCGGUUGUAUUGCUUAAGAAGAGACCACAGCUGUCUGAGGGGAAGGUGAAAGUCCAGGUUGAACAAAKYUUAGUAACCAGUGAAGACAAGGGUAUUGAAACAUUAGCCUCAGCUAAGCCAUAUAUCUGUAAGCACAAAGGGUGUGGCUUUAGGAGUGGUCAAAGUUACAGCUUAAAGCGCCACUAUAACUCUGUCCAUUGCUACAGCUUAUGUGAGGCCAAAAGAUUGAUAACCUCUUUUAAGCCUUACAAGUGCCAGUUUUGUCCCAAGACCCACAGAGAAAAGCGUGAGCUGAAGUUGCACUACCUAAACAUCCAUAACAUAAGUAAGACUUUGAUACCACAGAUGGGCUGUGAAACUACCCAACAUGAGGAAAGGAAGAAACCUACAUCUUCAACAAAACAAACAUCUCAGCCCUUCACCAAUCACAGUCCAGAAUUUAAUAAGAAAAAUGUUAAACAGGAACGCCUGCUCGAGCCAAAAAGCUCUAGUGUAAUUAUUAAAGAACAGAACAUUAACACUCAAACUCCAUCUGAAGAGGAAAGAGAGGGUGAAGUAGAGAGCAGGGAAGAGGAUAAUGAGCAGAAAGGACAAACAAAGGAUGAGAUAACACAAAAGCUCAGAACUAGACGAUUGGUGGCCAAAAGUAACCUAUGCUAUAUACUGGAUAAAUUCAGUAAGCCGUUUCAUUGUGUGGCAAAAAACUGUGGUGCGGCUUUUUCCACCCAGGGAGGCCUUGUGCGCCACCUGCAGUUUGUGCAUCAUUACAAUCGUUCUCAGCUCCUGUUAGAAAGUGACUGCAAAGUGCAACAAAAUCCAGAAGUCAAAAAGGAACCUGCAAAGAAAAGACCUCCCCCAAAAUCUGAUGAACCUCAGCCCCAGUUCAAAUGCCACUUUGCUAACUGCACCGCCUCAUACCACCUUAAAAGCAGCCUUGUGCGUCACACUCGUGAUUACCACUCUCGGCCACCUGGGCUAAUAAAGUGCAAAUUUGACGGCUGCACCGCCUCAUACCACUUUAAAAGGAACCUUAUGCGUCACACUCGUGAUAUCCACACUCAACCACCUGGACUAAUAAAGUGCAAAUUUGACGGCUGCUCCAAGGUGUUCAGUCGCAACGAUGCGCUCAAAAAACACACGCUUUAUAGCCACUGCGAGUAUUACAAUUCACUCGUGGUUCGACUGCAGAGCACGCAUAAAAAAUCUAUUUCUGGAUGCCAAAAGAAGCUCAUAAUGACACCACAAUGUCGCCAGAAGCAAGAAACUAGUUCGCUGACUUCACCGAAAUCAGAGAGCACCAGAGAUCAAGAAGCUGUGGCRCAGUUAGAAGAAAAGAGUGACAAAGAUCUUAAGGAAACUAAAAGUUCCAAAGAAGAGGACUGGAAAAUAUAUCGUUWUAGUGAUUUUGUCUAUAGAUCUCAUGAAGAGGCACUACAGAUGUGUCAAGACCGCUGCAUGCCUGUUGGCUACCCAUGCAUGGUUCAGGAUUGUGAUUCUGUCGUCGUAUACAUGCGCAGCUUGCAACGUCACUAUYUUACGGUGCACGGCAUGGUACGGGGAGAUGUUGUUAAAAAUGACAAAAAGCUUUUUUUUAAUGCUGAGCAGCUAGAGGAACUGAUUGAAAGGAAAUCAGCAAGACCYACUGUUGCAGAGGCAUCAUCUCCUAAACAAGUUUUCAAAACACAGUGCAAAYCAGAGCCUAAAAAUACAAAGGAGGCUCCUUCACCCACUAGUCAUGCCUCCAUCAAGACUGAAACGCAGGAUGUGACUAUACACGAUCUUCAAAAUAUCCCAGAGAAACAGGAGAAAAGUCACAAUUCUCAUGAUGUCCUAGAGACAGAAGAGAAUGGCCACAGUUCUCCGAAAGUCUCGGAGACAAAAGAGGACAGUCACAAUCUUCAGAAAGUCUCAGAGAAUGAGAAAAGUCAGGAUUCUCAGAAUGUUUUGGGGAAGGAAGAUGGUCACGAUCUUCAAGAUGUCCCAAACAAGCAAGAGAAAAGUCCUGAUCUUCAAAAAGUCUCAAAGAAGGAAAAGAGAGGUCACAAUCAUAAGAAAGUCUCAAAGAAGGAAAAGAGAGGUCACAAUCAUAAGAAAGUCUCAAAGAAGGAAAAGAGAAGUCACAAUCAUAAGAAAGUCUCAAAGAAAAAUGAACAUAGUCACAAUCUUCAGAAAGUCUCGGAGAAUGAGAAAAGUCAUGAUUCUCAGAGUGUUUUGGAGACGGAAGAUGGUCACGAUCUUCAAGAUAUCCCAAACAAGAAAGAGAAAAGUCCUGAUCUUCAGAAAGUCUCAAAGAAGGAAAAGAGAAGUCACAAUCAUAAGAAAGUCUCAAAGAAAAAAGAACAUGGUCACAAUCUUCAGAAAGUCUCGGAGAAUGAGAAAAGUCACGAUUCUCAGAACAUUUCAGAGAAGGAAGAUGGUCACGAUCUUCAAGAUGUCUCAAAGGAGGAGGAGGAAAGUGACGAUCCUCAGAGAAACUCUGAGAAAAACAAAAAUAGAAUCGAACUCCAGAAAGACUCAGAAAAAAUGGAGGAUGUUAAUGAUUCCCAAAAGAUUCCGGAAGAUGAAGAGAAUAAUCGCAGUCCUCAGAAAGUCCCCCCAAAAGAGAAAGAAUUACCUCCUGCUGAAAGAAACAAUGACCUUGUUGCAGAGGAGUUGCUUCCUGUUGAAGCAAGCACAGGUGUURCUGCUGAGGAUUCAUCUGCAGCACAGCAGAAACCUCCAAAACAGGGACAGAAAUCAAACUUUGAGAAAUUCAUACCUCUUCUGCGUCCAGUCACUGUUGACCUUUCACCUCCAUACUCGCUGCGCUUUAUUUCUGAGGAGAGCUUCCAAAACACGURGAGCGGCAAAGAUAAUGGCAAGAUGUUGAAAGGAUCAACCUCGUUGCUCUCUCCUCCGGUUCGCCAGCCGCUGAAYCGAAAAAACGAAUUGUCGGAGCAGCCUUUGAAUGUAAAAGAAACUCAGCCCAACACUCCUCCGCCAUGCCUUUUCGACAUCGCUGCCUAUAAGCCCAUAGGCUUUGAAUCCUCUUUCUUAAAGUUCAUACAAGAGACGUCUCCAAACGACAAGGAGAAAGCACCGGUGAAGCGGCGAGAAGCCUUCAGACGCAGCUGCUCUGUUAAGGAGAACAACCAGCUAGGGAUCUCUCACACCCGCAGUAGACGCACUCAUUCCCCCCUGGUGAAGUCUCGCGCUGUGACUGGGGGCUUCACGUCUGUACAAAACUUGAAGUCCAUCCUGGACAAAGCCCUGGCCGGGUGUGGGGACCUGGCAAUAAAACAGCUCCAGUACCUCAGACCGGUGGUGGUMCUGGGAAGACCUGUGUGCACCACCAGCUUUUCUGACCUCUUAUCUGAGACCAACAGUAAACUACUACUUGGAAGUUAAACUGAGCACCUUUUUAAACUUUGCAAUGGAAAGUGACUAUAUCACAUGCUAUUUACCAGUAUUGUUUAUUUCUUCCAAACUGUUGGAUUUUUUUAACUGAAAUUUUGUAGAAAUUAGCAUAACAAAAAAGGACAACCUCAAAGUACACAUCAGAGCUGUCUGACAGUAUUUUAGCUUUUGUUUAUAAACUCUGUGACUUGAUAUUCAAUAUGUUAAUUCACAAUCACAWAUGUAUAUAUUCUCCAGCUCUCCAGAAUAAAUGUUUAGCUUUGCAGUUUAUGAAGGAUCAGUAGCAUAAUGCAAGGCCUUUUUCACUUUGGUGAAAAUGUGACAACAAACAUUUCUUUUCUUCAAACUCGUUGAGGAAUAUGUUUGGUUAUUUUCCACCUCGAUUUAUAUGGAAACAGUGUUUGGCUUCAGACGUUGGAUGGAGGACAUGUAUGUAACAUUUUGUAGAAAAAUAAAUGUGAAAAUCAGGGCAUCUAAUCACCAUUGUAAUUGCCUUUUUUAUUUUUCCAGAUUUUAUAAAGCAUACCAUUGUU